CUUUUCACGGAUGUUUUGUUUUCUUUAGUCAGACAGAUCUUGUGAUGUGUCGUGAUUGAUUAUCACAGAAUCGUUGUAUCGUGAUAUUAUUGGUACCGUGGACCAUGUGUUGUAUAUCGUAUUGAGGUACCCUGUGAUUCCCACAAUGUCAAGUUUAAGUUGCUGUUUUCUUAACAACACGUGCUUCCCCAAAACUCCUCUCAGUCAAUAAUUGGCCUUGAUGGAAGAUCGCUUGAGGGGAAAUAGAAAAUCCCAUUUGGCAGCAAUUUAAUGGGAAAGACUGGAUAGAGUUUAGGGAGGAGGUGCUUAGGUAGUGGGGUACUCUCCUCAAAGAGUCAAGCAGGGGUUAAUAAUCCCUCAUUUCACAUGAACCCUCAGUGGCAACAGUCUGUGAAAUUUCCUGUGUGGUAUGCAUUGACACAAGCCGAGGGCUGCGUGUGGAACUCGCACAACUUUUUCAGUCAACUUUUUUUUUUUCUUUUUUUUUGUCGCCUUGUGGUUGUUUACCUCAUAUUUUUGGUGUAAUUGUCACUGCAGUGGAGCUGUUUAACCUAUGAUGAGGUGAGGGAGGGGAGAGACUGCCUCUUGGAGAGAGAAAAAAAAGUGUGUGUAAAAUGUGAAGCGUGAACACAGCGUCCUCCUGUACGAGCUGCUUCAGUCCAGCAGGCAAUUCAACGUCAGUUUGGAGCCUUAAACCUGAAAAAAGCAUGGACACGAUGAACGUCACAUUUCAGUGCAUGCUGCUUUUCUUCACUUUGUAUGUGCACCAAGGAUUAUCAGAGGAUUAUGAGGCACUCUUUGGAGAAAAGAUUCUUCUACAGAGAGUAAAACGUCAAAGCAAAUCAUCAAAACCAAUGCUGAAGGUGACGGAGUACCAUGUCAGGUGUUCAGUGGUGUCCCGGUAUGCUGUCACCACAGUCCAGAGUUCGGUGUGGAACCAGCUCCCUAUCAUCAAGGAAGCGGCCUUUGAGGUGGACCUGCCCUCCACCGCCUUCAUCUCCAACUUCACCAUCAGCACCUCUAACGGAAAGGUGUAUGUGGCCCAGGUGAAGGAAAGAGCUGCCGCCAGGAAAAUAUACGACGCUGCUAAGAAGCAAGGGAAAACUGCUGGACUUGUCGCUACCAAGGAAAGGGAGAUUGAGAAGUUUCGUGUGGCAGUGAGCGUGCCCUCGGGAGUUCGAGUGUCCUUCUCUCUCACCUAUGAAGAGCUGUUACCACGGCGACUAGGACGCUAUGAACUCAGCCUUGGUCUGAGGCCAGGACAGGCCGUGCCGAACCUGACAUUAGAUGUAGAUAUAACAGAGAGGACGGGCAUCAGCUUCAUCAAAGUCCUUCCCCUCAGGAUGACCAGACUGCUCUCCAACACCGCAAAAGGUGACACAGACGCUCCAGCCUCCACUAAUAUUGAGCAGAAUGCCUGCUGUGCUCGAGUCCGCUACAGUCCCUCUCUGCAGCAGCAGAACAGCAUCUCCUCCAAGGGUCUUGAUGCAGACUUCAUCAUUCAGUACGAUGUGGACCUCAGAGACCUAAUAGGUGAUGUCCAGGUGUAUGAUGGCUACUUUGUGCAUUACUUUGCACCCAGAGGGCUUCCUGUGGUUCCUAAGGAUGUGAUAUUUGUCAUUGAUGUCAGUGGUUCAAUGAUCGGCACCAAGAUAAUGCAGACCAAACAGGCCAUGACCACCAUCCUUGCAGACCUCAGAGAGGGAGACCACUUCAACAUCAUCACCUUCUCAGACAAGGUCCACACUUGGAGGAAAGGACGAACAGUUCGGGCCACUCGGCAGAAUGUGCGAGAGGCCAAAGACUUUGUAAGGAGGAUUAUUGCUGAAGGCUGGACCAACAUUAACGCAGCUCUGCUUUCAGCUGCUCAGCUCAUCAAUCCUCCUUCCCCGGGUUCUCCCAACCAUCAGUCAUCUCGCCGUGUCCCCCUCGUAAUAUUCCUCACAGAUGGGGAAGCCACUAUUGGAGUAACAGCGGGUGACACGAUCCUCAGUAACGCCAAGCAGGCUUUAGGCGCAGCCUCCCUUUUUGGUCUUGCCUUUGGAGAUGACGCAGACUUUCUCCUCCUGAGACGCCUGGCUUUGGAUAACCGAGGCGUCGCUAGGAUGGUGUACGAGGACGCAGACGCAGCUUUGCAGCUGAAGGGCUUCUACGAUGAAGUCGCCAGCCCUUUGCUUUCAGACAUUCAGCUUUCCUACCUGGACGAUCAGGCGUUUGAUGUCACCCACUCCCUGUUCCCAAACUACUUCCAAGGCUCUGAGUUGGUUGUGGCAGGGAGGGUUAAGCCUGGGGUCAAGGAUUUUAAGGUGUCAUUGUCUGCCACUGAUUCAAAGCAACGUGUCAAGUUGGAUAAUGAUGUGUGGAUUUCACACGCAGAGGGAAAUGACAGUGCAGUGUCACCGAACUGUUCAGGUGUUUUAGAAGGCAUUUCUAGCUUUGUGCAUCGUCUCUGGGCGUAUUACACCAUCAAAGAGCUGCUGCUGGCCAAACUGAACACUACUGACCCUGCGACACAGAGGUUGCUGACAGACAAGGCCACAAAUCUCUCCCUCAAGUACAACUUUGUUACACCGGUCACCUCUUUAGUCGUAGUUAAGCCAGACGCAGAUGAGGUUGCUCAAACUCCAACCACUACAAAAGCCACCACGACAGCCACUACACUCACAACGACAACAACAACAACAACAACAACCACUGCUCCAACCAAAAUAUUAGCUAACGCUGCAGCAAAGAAGCACAGCACAGGUCCUAACUCCAGACCUCACAAAACCAAACCGAGUGCACCUCAGCCGCCUCCGAGUUCACCACAAAUGAAGAAAAGCUCAUCACCGACUUCCACAGCGAAAACACCCUCCAGGAAAAAACCCACAACCUCUUAUCCCAGCGUCGUCAAAAAUGCUCCAGCGCCAUUAUCUAGCAAAAAGCACAUUCCUCCCCAAAAUGAUUCAAAGAGUGCUACUCCUCCUCCCGCUGGGAAGAUAUCCACAUCUCUGCUGAACGUUCUAAAGACGGCACCACCCCCUGCACCUGGAAAAGUCUCCACCCCCCAGCCAAACACCAUGAGAACAACCUCAACAUCAACAUUCACCACCACACCUCCACUCACCUCCACCUUGCCAGGGAGACAUCUUACCCCACAGCCCAGCACGGUGAGGACAGCCCUCUCCAUAGAGUCAGACAACACUGCCACGUCUGCCCCGGAUGCUUCUCAGCCUAAAAUCACCACGUCUCCGUCUGAGCUGUCCUCUCCACAUAGCUCUCCGUCCUCACCACCAGCUGUGGAAGACAACAACACCAAUGCUGGUGUUGACGCAGACAUCAGCAUCGCCACCCUGGUGUCAGCAACCUUCGCUCCCAUGCCUGGUGUAACAGAUGGGCCACGACUAUGGGAGGCAGCAGGGCUUCUGGAUGUCUCUACUUCCAUUCAGAUUCAGAGGAAAGAUAUUGACCUUGUGAAGGACUAUGAUGCUACCUAUGACUACGACUACGACCUUAACUAUGAUGCCUGGGAUGAUACUGCUGACACAGGUUCAUUUGAAUCUCCAUCCAGAUUGGGCACUGUUAGGGUCUUCUCCUCAUCAGUUGACGGCGAUCCACAUUUUGUGGUCCAUCUGCCAAAGAUGCAUCAGCGCCUGUGUUUCACAGUAGACGGCCGAGCUAGUGACGUUCUCAGGCUGUUAGAGGACCCAGAGAGAGGGAUCAUUGUGGAUGGCCACCUGAUAGGAGCUCCCUCCAAGCACGGCGUCGAGAAUCGCUCCCGCACCUACUUCGACCGCCUCACCAUCUCAGCAGCCACGGGCCGCUCUGAUGGAAUCAUGAUAACAAUCUCGUUGGAGACUGUUGUGGUCGAAGGUGAAGGGCGGGACACGCUGCCCAUCAAUCAGCAGGUAUCGCUGCGUAGACAAGGUGUGACGGUGACUGUGGACAAUCAUCAGAGCUGCUGGAUUGAGCUGGACAAGCAUGUGAAGUUCCUGGUGCAGUUUCACUACUACAAACACCCCAGUUACCUACAGAUGGCUCACCUGGGUUUUUACAUCACAGAUGGACUGGGGCUGUCUCCGUCAACCCAAGGCCUUCUGGGUCAGUUUCAACAUACCGACAUGAGAGUAAAGGAGGUGAAGGAUAGUGUGGAUGGAGGCGCACACCGAGCCAAUAUGGAGGGCGUUUCAGCCAGUGGUCUCCUGAUGUGGGGGUCAGAGCACGUGCCAGUCACCUUGCAGGACAAGACACUGAAAGACACGGUGCGAAAACGCCACUUGGGCAAAUGCUGGGUGGUGCCAAAGACUGAGGUAGAGAGACUUCUGGGUCACCCGUAUGAGAGCUACGUGGUAGACCAUGUGUAAUUCUAUCUGGAGUCAGCUCCACCUUAGUGCCUCUGUACAAGAACUGGAACACCAUGAGACUGAAAUGGCGUGUCUUUGAAUGAGGCAGUCGUAUAUUCUGUAAGUAACAGUGUGAAGAAGGUAAGAUUACACAAGAGAGAAAGAGAUGCUGACAUAUGAGACACUACAGUGUGGGGGGAGCUGCAGAUGUAAGAGUAAAAGGGACGUGUGUGUUGGUAAUGAAGGACUGAAUGAUUCUUUGGUGUCUCCUCCUCAAUUUGCAUUGGAUACAAGCUCUUUGUUCUAUAUCUAUGACAGAGCGACAAUGUUCUGCUGCACAGCAACCACAAAAUGUCCAUCUUGAGCUGCAGCAGUUUGAGCCUCGCACACUAAAUCUGUUCAUAACCUCAAAGAUAUUUAUCAGAUUAUACUUAUAUUUCAUAAAUGAACUAUUACUAAGAAAGGUUAUUUUAUUUCCUAAUAAAAUGUGUAAUUUUUUUAAGAAACUGUAUUAUGAAAGUUGUAUUUUUAGUACAAGUGUAUAUAAAAUACUAUUAUAUGUGUGUGUGUAUGUGUAAAGACACUCUGCCCAUAGACGUCUACUAUUGAUUUCAUUUUCUGUCAAAAAAAAAAGAAAUGCAUCACAAAAUCAGGGUUUUUCCACAUUUGCCAUGUGCUUUUUUUAUUUUUCUAACAUUUCAUUCAUAGUUUAAUUCAUUUUUAUUUGUUACACAAGACAUUAGGCAUUGUUCACAUACUAGUGAUCAAACAAGGACAGUAAAAUUUCUACUACUCAGCCUGAACUAUUCCUUUUGUCAAUUUUGAGGGAUAUUGUCAAUAGUGGUUUUCAAAGCCCAAAUCGCAUUGAAAUUAAGACCGUACAACCACACGAGGCUUUUUGUUCUCAAUAAAUAAAAAAGAGAGAGAAUAUUAUUUGAUGUUAUAGAAGGGGUGGGGGUGGGGGGUUUCAAAUAGACCAAUGUUCAAACGAUUAACUGUAUUCCAGUUUUUUUCCAAUAACACAGUUUUUAAAUGACACACAGCGUGUGGUGUGAGAACACAGCCGUGAAGUAUUUGACUUCGGCUCAAAGUGUCACUGUUAUCCUUCCAUCAAAACCUGUUUCUUAGGAGUGCUAGUAAUCACAUCAAACCAUGAUGCCACACUGGAAUGAUCAAUAAUUAAGGUAAACAUAAACACAUUAACACAGCAAAUAACAAACUAAAAAACCCAGAUAAUAUCGGUGUGCAUUUUUUUUCAAAUCGGAAACCUGGACAGCAUAGCAUAUAAAUUUGACAUAAACCUUCACCAAUACGUCAGUGAAAUUCAAGUAAACAGAUAAUAACAAAUAAUUCAUAACCCAAACAGUUCAACUUGGUUUAGAGUAGUCAAGGGAUUGGUUGUGGUGGAUUAAUGAGAUGGAACUGCUUCAGUAUUUUUACAAGAAAAAAGAUAAAAACCCUCUUAUUGUUUGUUGUCUGGCUGUGGCUGUUUGUGUGCACUGCAGGGAAAACAAUGUCCCCUCCAGUGUUUGCACAGAUCUCCAUAUGCCACCAAACGGAACCUUACACUUUGCCAGCAAGUUUUGCUGUGAAUAGCAAAACCCAUGUUUGGCACAAGACUGACACGCCAGCAACUGUGUGUUAAAACAAAGCAGUCCAUUUAAAAAAAUAAAAAUAAAAAUAACAAUAAUAAUAAUAAUUUCAAAAGGGCCCAAAUCCUGAAUUAAGGCUACAACCAAAUAAUCACAUCUAACUUCGUUCUUGUGCUGCUGCACUUGAAACUGUGGCUUUGGACGUUUGCUUUGUGAUGUGUUUUAAACUUAUGGGAGACUCCAACUUUUCACUCUAAUUAACUGCAAUUUUUUUUUCAUUGGAUUUAGUGUCUUUAGUGGGAAUGACUCGUGUCUUUAAAUGUCGGCAGGGGGUUGAAACAACCAAGACACGAUCGGGUGCUUUCACUACAAAUAUAAGCUGACAUUUCAGUCUCUAUCUGCAAAUCUUCCAUCAAAAAACAUUCUCCACAUACAUUCUUCUCUCCCGUCACAUCACAGCUCAACAUGUACAGUACAAAGCUAUAAUCAGCUUGUUGUCACCACUCUCUUGUAUACCAUAUAGAAACCCUUCAUGUUUCUUUAUCCUUUGCCGUUCCCCUUUUAUUUCUAAUGUGUAACUGGAAAACCACAGUUUCAACCUCAG